AUGAAGACUACAGCGGUGAAGAUUCUCGGACCAGAGGCAGAGCGGAUGAAAGACGUGUGGGGUUUGGAUUCUGAGGGAGAGUUGAGUGGGAUUUACAGGAAUAGUGGACAUCCCGGGAUCUACGCUAUGGGAGGUAACCUUGCGCUUGUGAGGUUUUGGAGUAAGAGGUUGGCGUUGAGGAUUAAAGCGCAGGUAGAAGGUCUUGCACCCAUAUGGGUAUAUGUAUUCGAUAUUUCGAGCCGAAAACAUUUGUUGCAAGACUUUGUACGAGCAAGUUCAAGAUGUACCAGUUUAGACUCAGAAGUUCCUACCAAAUUCUGUCCUGAUUUUAGCAUUGGGCCACUUGUGGCCACCUAA